UUAAUUAGUCAAGCUGUGGACUUGUGUACAUGAAAUUUGCAGGAGUAAAUGAGUAUUUGAGAAACCAAAUAAGUUAGUCUUGAUUGAUUGGCAGAUGACAGCAUAAUAGCCGUAAGCCGGCACGUACUGUUGGAAAAACCAUAGUUUGUUACUGUCGACGAUCAACCGGUCACAUGUUAUUAAAACGAAAUCACAAUAUUUUCAAGCAUCAAUCACUGUUUACAGUACGGCACAACCGUUUUAAGCUACUUUUCUACCCGAUCACAAAUUGAAAAGAAAAAAAAAACAUGCACUGAUGCACAUAUAUAACAACCGGCCGGCAAGUCGGCAACCGUACACUGUCCGUUGCAAACCAGAUAUAUAUACCAUCAGAUGUUAAAUGCACGACGUCAUGCAAAUGCGACUGUGAGACCGGUGAUGUGUUCGACCGGGCCCUGCUAGCGAUUGAUCAAAAUGAAGUGAUAAGAGGUAGUUCACGAAAAGUGUAGUCUUUUUUUUCCUUUUCUCAUAGUUCUUGAGGUAGCGUGAGGUACAACUUUGCCGACCAUGGUAGAAAAUCUCCAUGGAAAAUUUUACUAAAAUGGAUAGCGUGCGAACUGCAAAAAUUGCAAAGCGUGAGGGGCAGAGAUCAAGAUCGAUCAUAUUCAUUGGGAACAUAACCGGGAAGCCCCCACCGUGAAGUAAAGGCAUCGGAGACCAGGAGAAUAUGGCGUUAAUUAAUUAACCCGGUAGGUUAGUAUAGCACUCUGCAGUUUUCCCCGAUCGACGACGUCGUCUUCUCCGUCUUCGUCGCCGCGACACCGGCGAGAUCAUGGAGAUGGGCAAAUACAGCAGCAGCGAGAGGAAGAAGGGCCCCGAGAAGGACACGUCCAUCAGGUCGGCCACCGUGUCCUUCUCGUCCUCCUCGUCGUCAGCCGGUACACGCCCUUCUUGCUGGCGUAGCGUCGUGACGACCGCGACCGCGAGACGGCGCUGCUGCGGCGGCGACGAGCACGACACGGCGGCGCGCGCCUCCGUCCUCCACGGUGACCACCACCUCGGCGGCAUCGGCAAGAAGGUGGACGCGAGCGCGGGCGCGGGUGUCAGGACGCUCGUCGAGCGCAACGAUUUCUACUGCCAGGAAUGCAACACGCACGGCAAAUAGGUGAAAGGCCAAACAUCUUGGGUUUCUCUCCUGUUUUUUUUUUCCAGCUGCUCUUACAUUUCUGCUUGAACAAUACUCCCUCCGUUUAAUAUUAUAAAACUUUUUAGUAUUACUCACAUUCAUAUAAAUGUUAAUGAACCUAAACAUAAUUUAUUUUAGAUUCAUUAACAUCUAUAUGAAUAUGGGUAAUGCUAGAAAUUUUUAUAAUAUGAAAUGGAGGAAAUAACACGGUGUGUGUACGUUUAUUGUCAAUCUGUGAUAGAGGAUGUAUUCGUAAUGCAUUAAUGUAUUUGGUGAGAGAUGGCAAGAGGAAAAUUGGCACAUUACCAACCUAACCUAACCUUGUAGAGGAAAAUUGGUACAUUAACCUUUCAGACGGUGAGAGCGUAUCUGUGUAUACACACGCCUCCUCCCACCUGGUGAGUUAAGCCCUGUUCCUGUCAAUGUGGACUUCUGGAAUUGAUGCCCUCAAAUGUCUGGAACCAACCAUGAUUCCAACAACUCGUCUGCUUCUAUUCUGAAGACAACAAGAUCAGACAAGAAGAAAGUAAAGAGACAACAACUCGUCUGCUUCUAUUCACAACAUUUGGACAUGCAACCGGAUCCUUAAUAAGCUGCCACUUUGAAAAGGAAUUCUCACCACUUCUACCUGAUGUUGAUGAUGCAGAUUUCCGUUCACACACUGCAAGUGCUAAAAGAACCGUGAAAAGGAAUGCUCUGUAGGCCUGCAAAUAACGGCCAAACAUGUACUAGGUGACAGACAUACAGCAGGGGUAUUAUAUGCCGAAGUCAACUACUGUAAUACUCCAUUUAUCCAGAAAAAAGGACAUAAUUACAUACUUUGAAGGCAUAGCUGAUGAGACAACCUAAAGAUAUAUUAUGAGGGGAUCCUAAAGAAUGGAGCUAAAUACUU